AUGCUUGAGAAUCCAGAGCAUCCUUAUUUUUACUGUGUUGGUUUAAAAGGAAUCUCCAUCGGGAAAAAGACCGUUCCGGCAUCGCGGAUUUUGCAGAGGGUGAAUAAGAGAGGUGACAGUGGUGUGGUUGUGGAUUCCGGUACGACCUUUAAGAUGUUACCGGCGGGGUUUUAUAACCCAGUGGUAGCGGAGUUCAACAGGCGUGUUAGUCGAGUUCACCGGCGGGCUCGUGAGGUUGAGAUGAAAAUAGGGCUUUCGCCGUGUUACUAUUUGAACUCGGCGACAAAAGUGUCGGUGUUGAAACUUCAUUUUGUUGGGGUGAAUUCAAGUGUGGUUCUGCCUAGGAAGAAUUACUUUUAUGAGUUUUUGGACAGUGGAGAUGGGUUGAAGAAGAAGGGGAGAGUAGGUUUUUUGAUGUUGAUGAACGGUGGAGAUGAGUUCGAGAAUGGUGGUGGGCCCUGGGCGAUUCUUGGGAAUUAUCAACAUCAGGGAUUUGAAGUUGAAAAUUAG